CACGUUCGCGAUUUCUUCGCGAUCGGAAGAGUUGUUUUCACUUGACGAAAGUGACACUAAUAUCGUUGAAUUAUUCGUCGCUAUCUUAUCUACCUCGACAUUAAAACUUAAGGUCGUAUUAUAUUUCGUAUAGUUUUUAUGGAACAAGAAGAGAAUCGUGUGGAUUAAUUAUUAAUUAAUAAAAGCUUCUAUCAUGGGUAGUACAAAUACGAAGGAGCUUCAAAACUAUCCACGAAAUAGCAGGACGAUUCAAAGCAGCUCAAGAGUUACUUCAAAGACCAAACAACCUUUGACGAUGUCGAACCUCGAACGUGAUCGCCUUGGUCAACCUGGAGCCGGUGAUGCUCUCUGUCAUGGCCUUCUUCGUGGCAUCGACCAUAUUAAGAAUCCUCAAUUGAACAAGGGAAUGGCCUUUAGUAUAGAAGAAAGACAGUUACUUGGUAUACAUGGACUUUUACCAGCUGCUGUGAAGACUCAGGAGGAACAAUUAGAACUUUGUCGUUUGAAUUUGGAACGUUAUCCUGAUGACCUUCUUAAAUAUAUCUACCUCAUAGGCCUACUGGAUAGAAACGAAAGAUUAUUUUACCGUUUACUUAUGGACAACGUCGAACAAAUGAUGCCAUUGGUAUAUACACCAACGGUUGGUCAAGCUUGUCAAAAGUUUGGUCUGAUUUAUCGUAGACCUCGUGGCUUGUUCAUAAGCAUACACGACAAGGGAUACAUUUAUGAUAUUUUGAAAAAUUGGCCUGAACAUGACGUACGCGCUAUCGUUGUUACCGAUGGUGAGAGGAUACUUGGACUCGGUGAUUUGGGAGCACACGGUAUGGGAAUUCCUGUAGGAAAAUUAGCUCUUUACACGGCCUUGGCUGGUAUCAAACCACACAAUUGUCUUCCGAUAACACUUGACGUUGGUACUAAUACACAGUCGUUAUUGGACGAUCCUCUUUAUAUUGGACACAGACAUAAACGUAUCACCGGCGAGGAAUACGACGAAUUUCUGGAUGAAUUCAUGAAAGCAGUAGUAAAACGUUACGGUCAAAAUACCUUGAUACAGUUUGAAGAUUUUGGAAAUGCUAAUGCCUUCAGACUUUUGAUCAAGUAUCGAGAACAUUAUUGUACGUUUAAUGAUGAUAUUCAAGGCACAGCAUCCGUUGCUGUAGCUGGUCUCUUAGCAUCUCUUCGAGUAACGAAUACAAAGCUUCACGAAAAUACCAUUGUUUUCCUAGGAGCGGGAGAGGCUUCAUUAGGCAUCGCUACAUUAUGCGUAAUGACGAUGCAGAAGGAAGGUAUAAGCGAAGAGGAAGCAAAGAACAAAAUCUGGAUGGUAGAUUCGAAAGGAUUGGUUGUUAAGGAUCGUCCAAGUGGUGGACUUACGGAACACAAGUUGCAGUUUGCCAGGAAAGAAAAACCUGUGGAGAAAUUAUUGGACGUUAUUAAAAUGGCUAAACCAACUGUAUUGAUUGGCGCCUCAGCGGUAGGAGGUGCUUUUAACGAAGAAAUAUUAAAAGAAAUGGCAUCCAAUAACGAAAGACCUGUGAUCUUUGCUUUGAGUAAUCCUACCAGUAAAGCCGAAUGUACGGCCGAGCAAGCUUACAAGACUACGAUGGGAAAAUGUUUGUUCGCGAGUGGCUCGCCCUUUCAGCCAGUCAAAAUCGAUGACAAAACUUUCUAUCCUGGCCAAGGAAAUAACAGUUAUAUAUUCCCUGGUGUAGCACUUGCUGCAAUUUGCGCUGGCAUGCGAAUUAUUCCUGAAGAAACGUUUCUUAUUGCUGCCGAAGUCGUUUCCGAUUUGGUAACGGAAGAAGAUUUGAAUAAAGGUACUUUGUAUCCACCUCUGGCAGAUAUACAAAAAUGUUCUUUGUGUAUAGCAACUAGAAUUAUGGAAUACGCUUAUCGUUGCUCAUUCGCAACUGUUCUACCGGAGCCUAAAGAUCACAUGGAAUUUAUCAAAGCACAGUUAUACGAUACAGAAUACAAGUCAUCUAUCCCACCAACUUAUAAAUGGCCAAAAGCUUAAAUUCUCGUAUAAAAAUUCGCGUUCACACUUAACACAUCGUAUACAACGUAUAUAAAGUUUCGAAUUAAUUAAAUUAUUGUUUAAAAUUAUAUUAUUCGACUAAUAAUUGUUAAAAGAAAGCCUGUUGAUCGGGCAAAUGUAUCUGUAUAAAAGAAAAGAAAAAAAAAAAAAAAAAAAAAAGUGGAAAACAAACAACAAACCUAUCGAUCAAAAUUUAUCUUACGCUAUAGGACACAAAUUAUAACUUAUACUUAAAUUUUUCUUUUUUUUUUUUUUUUUUUUUUUUAUAAAUUACCCUCGUUUUUUUUUUGGUAUGGUACAAUUGUAUUAACUAAUAGAAAUAAAAAAUUCUAGUUCGAUUAUUUCGAAGAAACGUAUUUUUAUUACUAAUCGAAACAGUACUUUCUGUUAAUUAGGCAUUCCCCUCUUAUCGUGGUAAUGAGAGCAGCUAACUUAAAAAUUCUUUCGCGUUUUAUAAUAAUAAACUAAGAACAAAGAGAAAACACUUGCGUUAGUACCACUUCUCGUGACGACAUAACACUAGUCGAGAAAUGCUUUCGUACAUGUAAAUAUAAUAACACGUAUCUCACACACAUCGUCAAAUGAGGUAAGACGCGAGAUAUAUAUGUAUAUACACACACAUUAUGUGUGUAUAUACACAUAUAUAUUAUAUAUAUAUAUAUAUAUAUAUAUAUAUAUAUAUAUAUAUAUAUAUAGAGACGAUAUAUUCUCGUUGUAUUACGUCAAUAGAAGAACAAACGACAUUUUAUUUUUUUCUUCUUCUUCAGACGCAAGAGAGUACAAUAAUAAAUUCAAGGGUAAUCAAGUCGUUCCAUAAAAAAUGAUAAAACUCGAUAACCAACCGAAGAAAUGAAUAAAUACGUUUUCUCUGUGCUUCAAGAUGAUACACCAUAAUAAUGUAUUUCAUCCAGAGCAUUCUAUCACGUAAAAUAAUUAUAUCACUUAGAUAUUUGAACGAUAGUGUAUAUAUUUCGUGAUAAUGGGAUUGGCAUUCAUUUUAAUUUCUCACGCAAUGCACUCGUCGCUCGUUCUCUCACUCUCACUUUCACUCUCUCACAAUCUCGCUCUCUCUCUCUUUCUCUCUUUCUCUAUAUAACCUCUUUUAUUCAAACAUGUACGCAAUCGUCUACCGUCUUAUAUCCUAAGAAUCCGAUACUUACUACUACAGCUCGGCACGGUCAUUAUAACAAAUAGAUUAUAAACUACAACCCCCCCCCUCCCCGACUCCCCUCUCAAGUAAUCUUUUUCUUUUACUUCAAACUUUGUUCAUCUAUAAUAACAUCAUAAUAAAAUUAAAGGCAAAAUGUACAGAAGAGUGUUUUAUAGAAAAUGUGUGUUUUACAAUUUGGGACUCUGUUACGCUAGACUGAGCAGACACACACACACACACAUAUAUUAUAACAAACUGGCUUCCGAUAACCAGUGAGUUAAAGAGAAGGAUCUUGGUGCGUUUGAAAUUUAGCAUUAUUAUUAUUAUUAUUUAUUAUUACUAUUAUUAUUAUUAUUAUUAUUAUUAUUAUUAUUAUUACUAUUAUUAUUACUAUUAUUAAUUAUUAAUUAUUAUUAAUUAUUAUUAUUAUUAUUGGUGGUCCAAGAAAUAAACCACGAGAUAUUAACGCGCGUCAAGAUCGACCCGGUGAAAAAGGCCCUACGAAUCGUCGGGAUAUAUCACACGUCAUACACACGUCAUGUACGAUUAGACGAGCGUGUACCACGUUCCCGAUCAAGUCCAAAUUCCACCACAUUUGGCUUAACAAAUCUCUCCUAUCCGUCCCUUAACCCCCGUCGCUGCUUGUCAUCGCAGUACUCGCUUUCUUUUUCUCUAGUACCAACUCUUAUAGGCUCUUUAUGUAAAUAUCACUGAAUUCUAAAAACAGAAAACAAGAAUAGA